AUCAGCGGUUAUUGUAACGAUUAUAUAAAGCCAACCUUAAUUAUACAGCAUCUUAUAAUUAUUAUAUAUUUGUUAAAAGCAUAAGAGGAAACGUUUAAACACCAGCAGUAAAACUUUUGUUUAUAACAGUUAAAAAGUUCAAACAAAGAACUCAAUAAAAACCAUUUUAUAAAUGGAUAUACUGAUGGAACAUGGUAGAGUUAAUUGCUUGGCUGUUGAUAACAGUGAAACAAGUGAAACAGCGUUCAACUGGUAUAUAAAGAACUACCAUAAAAAAAAUGAUACUUUAAUAAUACUGCAUAUACACGAGAUUCCGCAGCUGCCUUUGAUGGGCAUUUUGUCUGGGAUUUACCCAAAUACUCUAGAGCAUCGUGCACUCGUUGAAAAAAGUAUUGAAGAUGCCAAAGCUGUAGUUGAGAAAUUUAAAAACCUUUGCAUUGAAAAAGAGGUAAACUUUAAUGAGAUCAUCUUGGAUGAUAACUUUAAAUCUCCGGGAUAUAUGAUUUGUGAGUUAGCUAAGAAAAAGGCUGCCUCUGUUAUUGUCAUGGGACAAAGAGGCUUAGGAGCGUUAUCAAGAUUAUUUUUGGGAAGCACUAGUGAUUAUGUGUUGCAUCAUUCUGAUGUUCCAGUAAUUAUCAUUCCUCCUACCACUAUAAUUAAAUAACUAUUUCAGAAUCUUAAAACUUGAUAUUUUAAUUUUUAUUUUAUUUUAUUUUUUUAUAUGAUUUGGAUAAAUUUAAUUUUAUAGAACUUAUAAAUUUAGAAAAUACUUUUUAUGGUAUGUUUCUAUUCUUAGCUAUAUUCAGCUAACUUGUAUUCUUUAUACAUAACAAUGUAUUUUGGGAAUUAGUUUGUUUAUUAUUUAUUUAAAAAAAAAAACUUUUUUUA